AGUUCUUCUUCUGUCCCGGAGGGCACCGGCGGGACGCGGCGGGACGGCUCUGGUGGGCUCCGCGGACGGGGACGCCGGCGCGGGGACGCCCUGAGCGCGGAGCAGCGGGCUCCCGGAAGAGUAGCGGCCACGCCAUGCCAGCUUGGAGGCUGCUGGCUCGGGCCGGCGCCCGGGUGCUGGGCCGUGGCGUGGACGGCCUGCAUGCGGCCUCGGGCUCAAGGAACAGGACAGACAUCUGGUUUUUGGUUAGAAGUCUCCAUGGAGAGAGUGGCACUUGGUGGGAUGAGCAUCUUUCUGAAGAAAAUGUUCAGUUUGUUAAGCAGUUGGCCUCUGAUGAAAAUAAAGCCCAGUUAGCAAGCAAACUCUGUCCUCUGAAGGAUGAGCCGUGGCCCGUACAUCCUUGGGAACCAGGUUCCUCGAGAGUCGGCCUUAUCGCGCUGAAGCUGGGCAUGAUGCCUUUAUGGACCAAGGAUGGUCAAAGGCAUGCUGUCACAUUACUGCAGGUGCAAGACUGUCACGUCCUAAAAUAUACUCCAAAGGAAAAUUAUAAUGGAAAAAUGGCAGCUCUAACUGUAGGAGGAAAAACUGUAUCACGUUUCCAUAAAUCUCCAGCUAUAUUGGAAUUUUACCAGGAACUUGGAUUGCCUCCAAAACAGAAAGUGAAAAUCUUUAAAGUAACAGAUAAUGCUGUAAUUAAGCCAGGCACUCCACUGUACGCUGCUCACUUUCGUCCAGGACAGUAUGUGGAUGUCACAGCCAAAACAAUCGGCAAAGGUUUUCAAGGUGUCAUGAAGAGAUGGGAAUUUAAAGGCCAGCCCGCUACUCACGGUCAGACGAAAACCCACCGGAGACCUGGAGCUGUUUCAACUGGAGAUGUUGCCAGAGUCUGGCCUGGAGCUAAAAUGCCGGGACCCCUGGGGAACAUCGACAGGACAGCAUUUGGACUGAGAGUGUGGAGAAUAAACACAAAGCACAAUAUAAUCUACGUAAACGGCUCUGUACCAGGACACAAAAACUGCUUAGUCAAGAUCAAAGACUCCAUACUGCCUGCGCAUAAGGAUUUGGGUAAAAAUCUGCCAUUCCCUACGUAUUUCCCUGAUGGAGAUGAAGAGGAGCUACCAGAGGAUUUGUAUGAUGAAAGCGUGUGUCUGCCCGGAGCCCCAUCCCUUACGUUUGCCUGACCUCGCAGCUGGGGAGUUCUGAUGAGCAGGACGGGGGUGUAACCAGGAACUGCGUUCUCCCAGUUACAGCACACUUACUGUCUUUGUCAAGGGCAUAAAUACACGUAUCAUUCAUCCCCCAAUUGAGUUGAAUUUUGUUCAAAAAAAUUGCCACAUUACACAUAAAUCAGUUAAGUAGAUUGAAUAUGCACAUUCAGAUACACUGGAAGUUUGCAUAUUAGCAAAAUCUUUGUAACUUGUGAGCUGCUUUUUUUUUAAACUAUGUAUUUGUCACAGUAUCCUAAAUGUUUAUAAAUUUAACAUCUUUUACUAAAGAAA